CAAAUCAACCCCAAGUCAAAUCACCCAUCACCUACAUUCGAAACUAACAACAUGCCCAACAACAAUGCAAGUACGAACCAUGGAUACAAAACAUGUUGCUUUUUCGUUGCACCCAUAGCAAUUGCACUCAUUUCCAUUCUCCUUGUUCUUAUUACCUUCCCUUCUCCUCCCUCUCCUGAUACCAGUGCAAGCAUCUCUACUUAUGAUAAUGGUAUUGUUAGGUGGGGCACACAAGAGAGUGUGCUCGCGGAGUUCUUCUCUCUCAUUAGACGUAUCGCUCGGAGAGCAUCUAGAGGCCACCAUUCACUUCAUCACCGGAGGAAGCGCAGGACCGAGUGCAACGAUGCCAGGUGGACGUCCAUGAUCGCGUCUGGUUAUGCGAAACCGUCUCUCGUCUUGACCGUUGAUCCCAAGGGAUGCGCCAACUUCAGCAGUGUCCAGAAGGCUCUGGACGCCGUUCCUGAUGGAAGUCCCACUUGGACCCUCAUCCUAAUCGCGGCCAGUGUUUACAGGGAGAAAGUCAGUUUGGGUGUGAACAAGACGAACAUAACCAUCCAAGGACAAGGUUAUCUCAAUACAUCCAUUGCUUGGAACGAUACAGCCAAUUCCACAGGAGGGACUUUCUACAGCGCAUCUGUUUCCAUCUUCGCUUCCAACUUCGUAGCUUACAACAUCAGUUUUCAGAAUACAGCUCCCAUGGCGUCUCCUGGCGAUGUUGGGAAUCAAGCAGUAGCACUUAGGAUUGCAGGGGAUCAGGUUGCAUUUUAUGGUUGUGGCUUUUAUGGAAGCCAGGAUACACUUCAUGAUGAUCGUGGACGGCAUUAUUUCAGGGAGUGUUUCAUCCAAGGGUCCAUUGAUUUUAUCUUUGGAAACGGGCAGUCGCUUUACCAGGACUGCACUAUCAAUUCGAUAGCAAAUCAAGUUCCAAUUGGGGUACAGACGAUAACUGGAGCCAUCACAGCCCAUGGCAGGCAAUCAAUGGCUGAGAGAACAGGAUUUUCAUUUGUCAAUUGCAGCAUUGGAGGAUCAGGGAGGGUUUGGCUCGGCCGAGCAUGGGGUCCAUAUGCUUCUGUCGUCUUCGCCAGAACCUACAUGUCUAACAUCAUAGCGUCAGAUGGAUGGAAUGAUUGGAGUGACCCCUCUAGAGACCAGACCAUAUACUUCGGGGAAUAUGGGUGCAUGGGACCAGGAGCCACCUACACAUUAAGAGCAUCGUACUCCAAGCAAUUGAGUCAUACUGAAGCAAUUCCAUUCAUGGACAUUUCAUAUAUAGAUGGGAACGAUUGGCUUUUUCUUCCAAAUAACUCCUCGGAUCCUCCCAAUUGCGAUCGACAUCAUCGACGACACAGAGGAUACAUUCAAGUGCAGUGAUAGCACAAGCAAAGGAGGCUGAAACUCAGGUCUUAGAAAUGAUUCCUCAUAAUAUUUAGACCAUCUAACAUUGCUUGAGGAGAAAAUAAAGAACUCAUUAUGGUUUUAUUAGGAGACUUACAUAUCUAAGUAUGAAAGGACAAAUAAAUGUAAAAGGAACAUAUGGACUUUGUUGGGUGUGUUUGUAUACACUAUUAAAUUCUAUUCCAAUUGUUAUUUGA